CCAGCAUCUUCCAACUGCACCUCACACGACCCAUCCGACCAUCCCACGAGCUCUUAUCCGCUAGCAAGCUCACUCGCUCGCUCUCUCACAUAGAACUGGCUGACACGAAGCAGUUGAGUAUCCAGUGGCGCGCCUUGGCUCAUCCGGUUUCUUUCCCUUGCGACAGCGGGCACUUUAGGCAAGCCGGCAGCAUCGGCUUCACUGGUCCGCUCUAUCUGAGACGCGAACUCUGCUCGUUUUGAUCGGUCGAUUCUGCACACCGCCACCUGUCAAGCUUGCUAUCUUGGCUGUGAUAGAAUCAUGUCUCGACCAGUCGCUUCGACGCCACAUCUAGUAUGGGCGGGUGGCCAUGCGGUUCUGCUCCUGGCCGGCAUCCGUUGCCUGCUCUCCCUGUUGGCGUUCUGGUCCAGCUCGAGGCGUUUGAACGCCUAUUACUACAUCGCCUACAUCGGUGCCAUCGUCAGCUACGGCAUUGUCGUAUACAAGAGCUUUGGCGUGCCGCAGCUGACCAAGGCGUACUUCCAGCGCGCGGCGAUGGAUGAGAAUGUCCAGUACUUUUUGCUGAGCCUGUACUGGUUCUGGCACAAGCCGAUCAUCGUCACACUGGUCCCUUUUGUCGUAUUUUCACUCUUCCACGUCCUCACAUUUGUGCGCACGACGAUUAUCCCGAUGGCGUUCCCCAGCACCCCUUCCUCCAGCAGCAGCAGUGGGCGCGCAGAUGGCACCGCUGCGCAAACACCCCCACCUAUGCCGAAGAAGGUCGGCCAGGUCAUCCAGACCUGGGUGAAGGGCAACUAUGACCCGGCGAUGCGCUUUGUCGCCUACUCGGAGGUGUUCAUCUUCCUCCGCCUGCUCGGCGGCGCGAUGAUCCUGCGCAACAGCCUCAUCAGCCCGCUGCUGUACGCCCACUUCCUUCGCCUGCGCUUCUACAUGAGCAGCUUCACCAGACAAGCGUUCACACACGUGGGUGACUUGCUGGAUCAAGCAACCAAGGACAACAGGUGUCCACCUGCUGUCCGCAGGGGCUAUCUUACCGCUAGGGAUCUGGUCUCGCGCUACGCCUCGUCUGUCCUUUCCGUCUCGAAUCAGGGCAGUGCGGCAGGUGCCCCAGCAGGCGCCGCAGGAGGUGCUGCCCCUGCCAGCGGGACGUCUGGAGCAGCCGCAGGUGGAGCAGGUGCUGGCCGCUGAACUGUACCGCAGCAGGAAACACCCAGCACUGCGUUGGUGCUCGCGUUUUUCCGUCGGUCGGUCGUAUCGACGGAAGAUGUGUAGCUCAGGCGGGACUGCUGGUGGCUGUAGCGUUGCUGCUCUCCGAGGAGCGGUACGAGCAUCUGCUGCCCCUGCUGCUGCUGUUGCAUUGCUGUCAACUGUCGGGUGCCCAGACAAAAGAAUGGACUAUGACCACACAUCUUAUCUUCCAGCAAAUCAAUUCACACCACCUUUUCCAGCUCGACAUACUCUCGAUCAACGAAGUGCGACGAGCUGCACUCGGAAGCCUACACCCGGCUUGAUAAUUCUUCUCUCGCACGUUGCGCCGCCAGCUUGGUGGGGUGGGGUGCAGUGCGACGCGGCGCGCGGCGUGGCCGCAGCCAGCAGGCGUGCUAUCUGUUUAUGUAUCCUAGUCUCUCCUUUGUAGGAAGCAGAGUGCUCCCCCGUUGC